AUGAGCCUUAACAAAACUUGCGAUAAGAAAUCUAAAACUGCCGAAUACAAAAUUCAGAAGAUUUUAAAUAAAAUUGAAUCAUUGAAAAUAAGCGACUCUUACCUAUCACAACUAAAGCUUCCUGAGAAGGAAAAGAAACCAAAUAAGAAAAUCGGAAUUCAUCUUAAAGUUUAUUCUAGUAUUGGUGUUGUGCUUAUCGGAAUUAUAGUGAAGUGGUUUUACAACGAAAUAACAUCAAAGACCUGUCUGCUAGAAGUGCCAUCCUCAUCGAAGACUCUCUUCCGCCCGCCUGAGGACUGUUCUAUGUGCAUUGAUGUUGACCAUGUAGUCAGACUCGCCAAUAUUUCUGCGCAAGAGUUUGAGGAACAUUACGCGUACAGCGCCACGCCCGUAAUUGUCACUGAUGCCACCCACGAUUGGGCAGCCAUCAAGGAGUUCAACUUUAAGUUCUUCGCGGAGUUCUACCGUAAUAUGAAAAUGGGCAACCAGAUCAAUGACUGUUUCUUCUUCGCAUACAAGUCUGGCCUACACUCGUUACAAGAGGUAUUCGACAUGGAUGAAACCCGAGCUAACCUGUCUGGAGAGCCGUGGUAUGUUGGCUGGAGCACGUGUUACAGUGAGGAGAGCCGGAUGCUGCGCUCCUACUACAGGCGGCCAUAUUUCCUGCCCCCAACUGCGGAGAGCGACAUGCUCGACUGGGUGUUUAUGGGCGGCCCGGGACAGGGUGCGCACAUGCACGUGGAUUCUGUGAGGCAUAAGUCGUGGCAGGCACAGGUGCGAGGACGCAAGCAGUGGCAGCUGGCGCCGCCGCCCGAGUGUCUGUACGAGUGUAUAAGCAUCGCCUUCACUGUUGAACCCGGCGAGAUACGUCAGUACCACACAGAUAGCAUGUUACAACAGUGGUUCAAUAGGGGUAACCUACCCAUGGGGGCAAUUCAGCUGCUGCGGGUCAAAUGUAAUAGCUAAGACCAAAAAAAAAAUAGCAAUGAUACCGUCACGACGUGAAACAUGAUUUAAACUGUGAUUUAAGCAAAUCUCAUAUCAAAAACUUGUGAUUAUUUCU